AGAUGCCACCGGUCUUCUUCUUGCACGUCUCGCGUCUAGUCUAGACUCCGCUUCCGACGAUGCGCUGAUCCGGCACGUUUCUCUCUUCUGUAUAUUCUUGUUUCUAUUAGUGUUCCGAGGUCGCACAAGCUCUGUGACCCUGCGCUCUCAUUGUUUCUGCCUGGCCCUUCUCCAACGCCGUCGCCUCGUGCAUCUCCUGCCAGACGGCAGCCUUCCGCAGUCUGCGUGUCUGACAUGAUCUGUACGGACACGUCUUAUUACCAGCAGUGUCCGCACGCGGCUCCUUAGAACAACACAUCACCCUGCUAUCGCUCGUCGACAUCCCCUCGAAUCCUGCUCGGUCCGGGUGGCGUGCCGGUCAGUCAGUCGCACAAGAUGACGAGCGCGCCCAUAGCUAUCAACGCCGGCCUCACGCCGCCCGAACAGCUCGUCGUCAACCUCCAGGUCGUAUCGCCGUCAGUCGGCGUGAAUCGCCCGCUGCUCUUUCCCGACCUCCCCUCCACGACCACCAUCAAGCAAUUAAAGCAUCGUAUUCGAGAUGCCCUUCCUCUCCGGCCCGCAGACGAAAACCAGCGCCUGAUUCACCGCGGACGAGCCCUCCUCCGUGAUUCGGAAAGCUUGCUCGACAUUUUCGGUGCUGAUGUUCUUCGAACGCCCGACCGACAGACGAUUCACCUCGUCAUACGAGAAACCACAGACACGCAUACGCCGACGCCCCCAAAUGCGGCCAGGGCUUCAAGUUCAAGGCCUCGCUCGCAGUCUCCCCAAGUAGGACCGGAUGGCUUGCCCAGGAUACAAGUCUCGCAUUCCGCCAUACCGCUACAGGGGCAUCGCGGGCCAUCACCAGCGCCGCCACACGCUUACAAUGUCCCGCCGCAGUACACGCACGAACAAGCCGCGGCCUUUCAACAUCAACACCAAAACAUGACCAAUUGGUUGACGCAAGUACAGCGAGAUGCCCACCUCCAGCGGGAAGCUAUGUUCAGGGCUCGGGUAAGCCAAAACCAGCGUGGAAGAGCUCAGAUGGGCAUGAGGGGCAUUGGCGACCAGGGUACCCCCAAUGGCACCGCCUCAGGUCAGGAAUCCGCUAGCGGGAGAGCCAGCCCGAACGCAUAUCUGGCUCUACAAAACGAAGUUGCGGCGCGAGUCUAUGCCGGGCAGCCUUCUGCCGAUCCGCAGGGCAUUUUCCGAAGCCAAGGUGACAACCGGGCCCCAACCGAUAUGGCACAUGCCUUGCAUCGUACUGCGUCAGGGACGUCGCUACACACGCUACACAAUCGACAGUUUUUCCAGCCCGGCGUGACGACUCCAGCCUUUGGGUAUGGUUCCGCAGUCGCUAGCAAUGGCCGGAUCACCCCAGAUCACGAGGCAAGGUGGGCAGAGGCAGCACGCGCCUGGGCCUCAGCGGAUGGCUCUGGCGUGAACGCGGCCAACAGCUCUGGGAGUGCCAACGUCCGGGCAAGCUCUGGUUCUCAAGUCUACAUUCUCAUGUCGCCUGAGGGUCCACGAGCUAUCCUAUUCAACCCCUCCACUUCAGAGACAUACUUUACGCCUCGGCUCAGGUCACAGCAGAGUUGGCCAUAUCUGUCGGGGGUUAGAGGGCCUGUCAACGCAGCAUCCGGAGCCCAGCAACUCAACCUCGCUCAAAACCAAACCCAAGAUCGGGGGCACAAUCCUCAUCCGGAACCUCCAGCUCCCGCGAAUGUUCAGCAGCCCCUCCAGCCUGUGCAUCCAGGAAAUCCUCCCGCAGCCGGUCUCCCUCCCCUUCUUCUUCAGCUUUGGCCUCACAUGUGGCUCAUAUUCCGGCUCGGUCUCUUCGUAUGGUUCUUCACAUCGCCAGACUCAAGCUGGUCAAGGUGGUUGACCAUCAUCUGUAUGGCCGUCUUUGCAUUCGUUUUGAGCACUGGGCUUCUCAACGGUGUGGCCGAGAACGCUUGGCGGCCGAUUGGCAGACAUAUCGAGAACAUUCUACCGGCUCUUGAGCAUCCACGUGGCGUGCAGCGGAUCCAGCGCGGGGAUGACAGAGAACCGAAUCCGGAGCAGAUGGCCGCGCGGCUGGUGGCCGACAGACGGGGGCGCGAAGGCUGGCUUACAGGGCAAGUGCGACGACUGGAGCGAGCGGGCCUGCUGUUCCUGGCAAGCAUUGCGCCCGGAGUUGCAGAGCGGCACAUUGCCAACCUGGAGGCCGAGGCGAGGGCCGAGGAGAAUCGCCAGCGGGAGGCUGAGGCGGCUGCCGCGGCCCAGGCAGCUGCGGCGACAGCGGCUGCGGCGCCUGACGACGAUGAUGCCCAGGGAGAGGCGAGGAAUGGCGGCGAAAAUGACACGAAUACCCAUGACAACGAGUGAUGCUGCAAGAGAGCAGGCCAAGAAGGUUGUGAGGCGGGGAGAACUAGUGAACUCGUCGACCUGAUCGAGGUCACGAUGCUGCCUGGGAACGAGCCCAUUUGUGACGUGACACCAAAAGCACGAAGUUCUUACGAAAUCGGCGGACAGUUAGAACGAGCGAUAGGUAGACCGGAGCAGCGUUUGUGGAGCGAUUGAUCCAAAGACGUCACCUAUACUUGAUGAGCAUGUAUUUCACGUCCAAGCUGGUGUUUUAUUCGCUUGGCUACUUACCUAUAGACUAUCAGCGUGUGCAAGCGCCGGCAAAAUAGAGCAGAGAUUGGC